GGCCCUGACAAGCCCCGGUCUGGCCUGGGUCUCCGGAUCCCGAGGACUGCCCCCUUAGGCGCACCCCUCUCGGUUUCCACACCCCCCUCCCCACCACCAUUUGCAUCCUGCCGAAAGCCGAGCCCUUCCCACUCAUUUGCAUGUUUUAUAUGGCCUAAUGGUGGCGAUCAUGGCAAGUUAGAAGUUUUCUGACUCCUCUCGGAGGAGACUCCGGGACCCGGGGGAGUAACAGGUGUCUGGAGGCUGAAGGGUGGAGGGGUUCCAGGACUUGGGGGUUCGCUUGUGAAAAUCCCCUCCACCCUCCUCUCUCACACCCCCUCAUCCCCCACCCCUUUUUUUCCCACCCCCCUGGUCCUUGGAAAAUGGUGUCCAAGCUCACGUCGCUUCAGCAAGAACUCCUGAGCGCUCUGCUAAGCUCCGGGGUCACCAAGGAGGUCCUGGUCCAGGCCUUGGAAGAGAUGCUACCAUCCCCGAACUUUGGGGUGAAACUGGAGACUCUGCCCUUGUCCCCCGGGAGCGGGGUCGAUCCCGACACCAAGCCGGUCUUUCAUACUCUCACCAAUGGCCAUGCCAAAGGCCGCUUGUCCGGGGACGAGGGCUCCGAGGACGGGGACGACUAUGACACCCCUCCCAUCCUCAAGGAGCUACAGGCACUCAACACCGAGGAGGCGGCGGAGCAGCGGGCCGAGGUGGACCGGAUGCUCAGCGAGGACCCCUGGAGGGCUGCCAAAAUGAUCAAGGGCUACAUGCAGCAGCACAACAUCCCCCAGAGGGAAGUGGUGGAUGUCACAGGCUUGAACCAAUCACACCUCUCCCAGCAUCUCAACAAAGGCACCCCCAUGAAGACGCAGAAGCGCGCUGCCCUGUACACCUGGUACGUCAGGAAACAGCGGGAGAUCCUCCGACAGUUCAACCAAACAGUCCAGAGCUCUGGAAAUAUGACAGACAAAAGCAGUCAGGAUCAGCUGCUGUUUCUCUUUCCAGAGUUCAGUCAACAGAGCCAGGGGCCUGGGCAGUCCGAUGACCCUUGCUCUGAGCCCACCAACAAGAAGAUGCGUCGCAACCGCUUCAAAUGGGGGCCGGCAUCCCAGCAAAUCUUGUACCAGGCCUACGACCGGCAAAAGAACCCCAGCAAGGAAGAGAGGGAGGCCUUAGUGGAGGAGUGCAACAGGGCAGAAUGCUUACAGCGAGGUGUCUCCCCCUCCAAAGCCCACGGCCUGGGCUCCAACUUGGUCACGGAGGUCCGUGUCUACAAUUGGUUUGCAAACCGCCGGAAGGAGGAGGCCUUCAGGCAGAAACUGGCCAUGGACGCGUAUAGCUCCAACCAGACGCACAACCUGAACCCUCUGCUCCCCCACGGCUCCCCACACCACCAGCCCAGCACCUCCCCUCCAAACAAGCUGUCAGGUGUGCGCUACAGUCAGCAGGGAAACAAUGAGGUCACUUCCUCUUCAACAAUCAGUCACCAUGGCAACAGCGCCAUGGUGACCAGCCAGUCGGUUUUACAGCAAGUCUCCCCGGCCAGCCUGGACCCGAGCCACAGUCUCCUCUCACCUGAUGGUAAAAUGUUGUCAGUCUCAGGAGGAGGUUUGCCCCCAGUCAGCACCUUGACGAAUAUCCACAGCCUCUCCCACCACAAUCCCCAGCAAUCUCCAAACCUCAUCAUGACGCCCCUGUCUGGAGUCAUGGCCAUUGCACAAAGCCUCAACACCUCCCAAGCCCAGAGCGUCCCUGUCAUCAACAGUGUGGCCGGGAGCCUGGCGGCCCUGCAGCCCGUCCAGUUCUCUCAGCAGCUGCACAGCCCUCACCAGCAGCCCCUGAUGCAGCAGAGUCCCAGCAGCCACAUGGCCCAACAGCCCUUCAUGGCUGCAGUCACUCAGCUACAGAACUCCCACAUGUAUGCACACAAGCAGGAACCUCCCCAGUAUUCCCACACCUCCCGGUUUCCAUCUGCGAUGGUGGUCACAGAUACCAGCAGCAUCAGUACACUCACCAACAUGUCUUCCAGUAAACAGUGCCCACUGCAAGCCUGGUGAUGCCUACAAACCACUUACAUUGUGCGCAGCAAUAAGGACCCGAUUUUCCACACCAUCACUUUCUGGGCAGCUGUCACAGAAAAGCCCAGUGAUGUGACAAGCACCUGGGAGACGUCCCCGCUGACCCGACAUCCUGCUGACACCUCGGACAAUCUGCUCUCAGGAAGCGCAGCCUGAAGCCCAGCUUCUCUUCUCUGCAGUAUUGUCAUGAUGCCUCUCCCAAGAUGCCAAGUGCUCUUGUCUGUCCCGGAGGUAGGCGGCAUGAAAGGGCGCAACAGGAAGUGAGAAAGCGACAGAGUCUACGCUGUGAUCCUUCAUGAUCGAACAAACUGAUGUGAAAACUUGAAUCUGUUACUGAAACGGGGAAAAGGAGGAUGUGUGCUGUUGAACUGAGCCAGUCACUGUAAAUACCAACAAAUGCCCUCUCCCACCCCAUCCCGGAUGAUCGUGAGCUUUCUUUUAAAGAAGUAAAUUUGUCCAAUGGGUGUAAACUAUAAACUACUGUAAUUAAGUGCAAUUUCCCCUCCGCGUUCUCUCCCCCUGCCCUGUAUAUAAUAUCAAAGUGUCUAUUAGUCUUCUUUGUAAAGGUCAGAGUUGAAAUUUCAAAAGUGACUUCCCCCUGGAAAGACACCCAAAGUGGGAAGUGAGACCCUUCCCCACCUUCGGCCUGGACACACAAGGAUGGCAUACUUUGGACUGACUGCCAGCGUAACUCCAAUCCUCUGGUGUUGACACACCUCUGGAUGUCCGGAGGGGUAAAACAUAGUGUCAGUGUGAUGUCCUAGCUUCCUGCGGGCCCAGGGCUCAAUCAGUGCACCCUCAAGAAGCCCCAAGGCAGGGACACUGACUGGCUUACAGCCAUCUCAGGAAGCUUCCUAUUAAAACAGUUUAUUUUGUCACUG